AUGGUUUCCAUGAUGGAAGAAUUAGGCUUUCGAGUAACUAUUGUUGCAAGAAAUAAUGUGAUAUCAGACUUGAACACAUUGGCUCAUAUAAUAAACUCGUGCAGAGUCUUCGUGGGAGAUCAUGGAGCCGGCCUUACAAAUGAAUUGUUCUUGCCUGCUGGUGCGGUUAUGGUGCAAAUAGAACUAAUUGGACUUGAAUGGGCUGGAACGACAUAUUAUGGAGAUCCAGCUCGUGUAAUGGGCUUGCAUUACUUGCCAUACAGGAUCGAACCGGAGGAGAGCUCACUUUUCAAAGUUUUCGGACAAAAUCAUACUGCGUUCAAGGACCCCAGAUCCUUCAGCUUUGAAGUAGGCAGGGAGAUAUAG